GCAGAAAAGGGCGGCUGUCUGCCGCUGUCGAGAAUGCGCGGUUACGCUCACGGCGAUUGGCGAGAAAUUGCGGGGCUCAAAGUGGAAAGCGCCUUCCACUCGCGAAAGUUAGCGCGAGCAGUGAUUGCCCCGCUUCAUAAAGCUUUGCAGCAGCACCCGUCCACUUUCUUUUCUCGUUGCAACGCACGCCAACGUCAAAGCCUCUAUCUUGCAGAGAGCGCUCCGUGUCCUGGUCCACUCCCAGAGACAUCUCCUGCAACCCUUCGAGAACCGAAACCUCCCGUGCGGGGUAUUCGUCCACUACACCGUUGAAUUUUCAAAAGAGAAGACAGCCACAACACCGCCAAAAUGGUUAACUUCACCACCGAGGAGCUUCGUGCCCUCAUGGACAACCCAAAGAACAUUCGUAAUAUGUCCGUCAUUGCCCACGUCGACCACGGCAAGUCAACCCUCACCGACUCGCUCGUUCAGCGUGCUGGUAUUAUCUCGGCCGCCAACGCCGGUUCCGCCCGUUUCACCGAUACCCGUGCCGACGAGCAGGAGCGUGGUGUCACCAUCAAGUCCACUGCCAUCUCUCUGUUCGCUGAGCUCAACGACCCCGAGGACCUCAAGGACAUCGCCAUCCCCACCGAGAAGAACGAGUUCCUGAUCAACUUGAUCGACUCGCCCGGUCACGUUGAUUUCUCCUCCGAAGUCACCGCUGCUCUCCGUGUCACCGAUGGUGCCCUCGUCGUCGUCGACACCAUCGAAGGUGUCUGCGUCCAGACCGAGACUGUGCUUCGCCAGGCUCUCGGUGAGCGCAUCAAGCCCGUCGUGGUCGUCAACAAGGUCGACCGUGCUCUUCUCGAGCUCCAGGUCUCCAAGGAGGACCUGUACCAGAACUUCUCUCGUGUCAUCGAGUCCGUCAACGUCGUCAUCGCCACCUACUACGACAAGUCUCUUGGUGACGUCCAGGUCUACCCCGAGAAGGGUACCAUUGCUUUUGGUUCCGGUCUGCACGGAUGGGCCUUCACUGUGCGCCAGUUCGCUACCCGUUACGCUAAGAAGUUUGGUGUCGACAAGACCAAGAUGUGCGAGCGUCUGUGGGGUGACUCUUACUUCAACCCCAAGACCAAGAAGUGGACCAAGGUUGGCACACAUGAGGGUAAGCCCCUUGAGCGUGCUUUCAACCAGUUCAUCUUGGACCCCAUCUUCCGCAUCUUCAACGCGGUCAUGAACUUCAAGACCGAUGAGAUCCCCACUCUUCUCGAGAAGCUCGAGAUCAAGCUCACCUCCGAUGAGAAGGACCUCGAGGGCAAGCAGCUCCUCAAGGUUGUCAUGCGCAAGUUCCUUCCCGCUGCCGACGCUCUCCUCGAGAUGAUGAUUCUCCACCUUCCUUCUCCUGCUGUUGCCCAGAAGUACCGCAUGGAGACUCUUUACGAGGGUCCCCAUGACGACGUCAACGCCAUCGCUAUCCGCGACUGUGAUGCCAAGGGUCCCCUCAUGUUGUACGUCUCCAAGAUGGUUCCCACCUCCGACAAGGGCCGUUUCUACGCCUUCGGUCGUGUCUUUGCCGGAACCGCCCGCUCCGGUCUGAAGGUCCGUAUCCAGGGCCCCAACUACGUCCCUGGCAAGAAGGAGGACCUGUUCAUCAAGGCCAUUCAGCGUACCAUCCUUAUGAUGGGUCGUUUCGUCGAGCCCAUCGACGAUGUCCCUGCCGGUAACAUUCUUGGUCUUGUCGGUGUUGACCAGUUCUUGCUCAAGUCUGGUACCCUCACCACCAACGAGACUGCCCACAACCUCAAGGUUAUGAAGUUCUCCGUCUCCCCCGUCGUUCAGCGUUCCGUCGAGGUCAAGAACGCCCAGGAUCUUCCCAAGCUUGUCGAGGGUCUCAAGCGUCUCUCCAAGUCUGACCCUUGUGUCCUGACUUUCAUCUCCGACUCUGGUGAGCACGUUGUUGCCGGUGCCGGUGAGCUCCACUUGGAGAUUUGCCUGAAGGAUCUCGAGGAGGACCACGCCGGUGUCCCUCUCCGUAUCUCCGACCCCGUUGUCCAGUACCGUGAGACCGUUGCCGGCAAGUCCAGCAUGACUGCUCUGUCCAAGUCGCCCAACAAGCACAACCGUCUUUACGUCACCGCAGAGCCCCUUGAUGAGGAGGUCUCUCUGGCCAUCGAGGCCGGCAAGAUUGCUCCCCGUGACGAUCUCAAGGCUCGUGCCCGUAUCCUUGCCGACGAGCACGGCUGGGAUGUCACCGAUGCCCGUAAGAUCUGGUGCUUCGGUCCUGACACCACCGGUGCAAACUUGCUUGUCGACCAGACCAAGGCCGUCCAGUACCUCAACGAAAUCAAGGACUCCGUCGUCUCUGGUUUCCAGUGGGCCACCAAGGAAGGUCCCGUUGCUGAGGAGCCCAUGCGUUCCGUCCGCUUCAACAUCAUGGAUGUCACUCUCCACGCUGAUGCAAUUCACCGCGGUGGUGGUCAGAUCAUUCCUACCGCUCGUCGUGUCCUGUACGCUGCUACUCUUCUUGCCGAGCCUGCUCUCCAGGAGCCCGUCUACCUCGUCGAGAUCCAGGUUCCCGAGCAGGCCAUGGGUGGUAUCUACGGUGUCCUUACCCGCAGGAGAGGUCACGUCUUCGAGGAGAACCAGCGUGUCGGUACUCCCCUCUUCAACAUCAAGGCUUACCUGCCCGUCAACGAGUCUUUCGGUUUCACUGCCGAUCUCCGCUCCAACACCGCCGGUCAGGCCUUCCCCCAGUUGGUCUUCGACCACUGGCAGAUCCUCCAGGGUGGCUCGCCGCUUGACAACACCACCCUGCCCGGUAAGAUCGUUGCUGAUAUGCGUAAGCGCAAGGGUAUCAAGAUUGAUGUACCCGACGUCAACAACUACUACGACAAGUUGUAAGCGAAGGAUAUCAAAAGUGUUAGAUUUCCUUUCGUUUCGACCUUGUCGAGUUCGACAGUCGUGGGCCUGUCCGAGGUCGCUGGUCGCUGUAUGACACGCAUGGUUCCCCUUUGGAGCACCAGAGCUAGAUAAAUGUCGGUCCGGGCAGUUUGCCCAUUGAUCUAGUCGGGUUUUUGGGCUUCGGACCAAGUUACGGAUGAUGACCCUUUUCCUUGCCGUUCAGCGUAUAGUGUAGUUUGCAAGAAUCGAACUAGACUGCGCAUACAAUUCACGUUCUAAUCCUGCUU